UACUCAUUUUAAUUGUUGACCAGAAAAAAAAAGGGAAUUCGCUCAUCUUCAUUCUUCACCAAAACUUUCACUGAAUGUGAAACUCAGACUCAGGAAGGAGAAAAUCUGCUCCGUAGUUAGGGUUCGCAAGUUUCGAUUGGCACUGCAACAAAUUUGUGGACAAAGAAAAAGAUUCAGUUGAGUUCCGAGGGUUUUCUGUAGCAAUUUGGUAUCAGAUUGAUCGAUGGCACGAGCACGCAAUCUAAUGGUUGCUGCGGGUUUGGUUGCUUUCGCUGCAGCAGGCAUGUCAUUUCCCUUCUACAUGGCUUCAUCAAGGAAGCCUGUUAUUGAUCCAACAAAGCCACUUCCACCACAAGCAACUUUUCGAGGGCCUUACAUCAACACAGGCUCGCGUGAUGUUGGUCCUGAUGUUGAGAAGAAAUGAAACAAGUUGAGUUAGAUGAUCAAGCUCAUAUUCAUAUAUAUGCUCGUUGUUUGAGAGAUUUUUUCUCACCUCAGUUUGGUGAAUUGUGAUUCUUAAGCACAAUCUUGGAACUGAGAAAGUUUGAGGAUGGGAGUUCUUUUCUGGAAGAGGUCACUCAAUCUGUAUGUAUUAGAUGAAUGAUGUUAUUUGUCAUGUCACUUGUAUCUGUAUCUUCUGUUUCCAAAAAAACAUGUAGUGUUGCAUGCCUUUGUGACCACAAUAACAACAACAUUUUUGUCUC